AUGUUGAAAAAAUUUGUUUUUGCAAAUUGGAGAAUAACAGUGGGAAUCGGUCACCCGCAACCUGCUGAGUACAAGGCGUUGAGUGUCAGCUCGAUUGGCCCAUUGUUCGUGAGAUAUGACAAACUGUUGAAAAAACUUGUUUUUGCAAAUUGGAGAAUAACAGUGCGAGUGGGUCACCCGCAACCUGCUGAGCACAACGCGUUGAGUUUCAGCUCGAUUGGCCCAAUAGUUCGUGAGAUAUGGCAAAAGUUGAAAAAACUUGUUUCUGCAAAUUGGAGAAUAACAGUGCUAAACGGUCACCCGCAACCUGCUGAGCACAACACGAUUAGUCUCAGCGCGAUUGGCCCAAUAGUUCGUGAGAUAUGA